AUGGAACCCCGUGUCGGCACCGUCGUGCAGAUGGUCCGUCUGGUAAGCCGCUGGUCAGCCGGUUGGUUCAAUGUCGCAUCGACAUCGUCUAGACGAGGUUCCGCCUGGUACGCCGUUGGUCAGCUGGUGGGAUGGAUCUUCGAAACGGCAUCGCCGACAUGCGCCUAUCUGGUGCACCGUAGGAGACUGCGGGCUUACGACAAUGUCGUUCUUCCGUUACCAACAAAAUUCGUGGCCCACAGUGAAGUUCGGCCGCGCCGGCACAUCAAGCAGCCCUAUUCAGGGACGAGCACUGCUUCAUUCGGGGCGAGCCUGGAAAAGCCGGCCUAAAGAUUGCUGGGGAACCCAGUCGUCUGCAGGCUGACCGUGGUCGCACACGUAAAACUCACGGUCGAAACAACCAAAAUGGAAACAACAAAAACAACAACAACAACAACAACAACUAUACUCUCUCCCUCACUCAUCUUGCCUCUUCUUCCUUUACCUCCGCCUAUUCUACUCCUACAUCGCCCUCUUCUUCACCUCCUUCCCGCCGCCCCACUCGCUGCCAGACUAAUAUGGUGAGUCCGCUCACCCUGGCAGCCGGGAAUGUGCGUUCCAUUUUAAACAAUCCGCAGAGCAACCGACCGGAACGGAGGACGGCGCUAGUGGCUUGACAACUGGCUCGCUACAAGGUAGAAAUCGCCGCACUCAACGAGACCCGAUUCUCCGAACAAGACGAAGUGGAGGAGAUGGGUGCCGGCUACACCUACUAUUGGAAUGGUCGACCCAGGGCCGAGCGACUAGACGCGAGUGUCGCCUUCGCCAUCCGGAACGACAUCGUGGGACGACCGUCCUGUAUGUUGCAGAGCAUCAACAGUCGCCUGAUGAGCCUCCGUCUGCCUCUUCGGGGAGGCAACUUCGCCACUAUUAUCAAUGCCUACGCUUCGCCGAUGACCAGUCCCGACGCCUAA